CAUCUUAAUUAUCUGUGUUCCUUAGCUAAUUCUGAUUUCUCCACCACAAUCUUUCCCCAGAAACAGGCUCCAAAACAGAACAAUAGCUCUGUUACUGGUGUGCAGGAUAUAACCUUUACUCUGUCCAGGAUCAAGAGGAACCAGUCAGUUUCUGUCAUAUUCUCGGCUGAGUGCCCAGACAUGAUGGGUUCAUUCUACACACACAGAACAGUUUGAACAGGCCUAUAUCAAUGCGCACACACACCUAUGUUAUAUGAGUUACUCUUUAACAAUCUCAAUGUCUAGGCUUGAAGGAUAUCUUAGUACACAAGCAUUAUUAAGGUUUAACAGACAUUUCCCUCAGUGUCAAUAAACUAUAUCUUUGUUGUAAGUUACAGAAGUCAUUUGCCCUUAUCCCUGGGGCAAAGCAACUUUCCUGAAUUGACCUCGAAAAGGGCAGUGUGUAUUUUGGCAGGUGGUGUGGGAUGAAAAGCCAGUGUUUCUGUGUUGAGAAAAACACUUCUCCACGUUGUCACAGUCACACAGACAGCAAACUGUGCAACAAGUCAUACACUGUGUGAGAAGAACCAGCGAGGUGUAGUAGCUAGUAUCUGUGAACCUAACUAUGUCUGAACUUGAUGUCUCCCUUGGUUACUUUCUUGCUGUUGUGGCGUUUGGUGCAGCCUUUAGAGUCAUUUUCAGAAAAUGGCCUUGUUUGAGCUUUGCAGCAGAGUUCACAACCUCAUUUGUGCUGGUGGCAUGCUGGCUGGAGGUGCAGACCAUUAUAGAGAUUGGCGAGUGGGCAGGGGGACUGGGAUCAGACGUUACUCUAACCAUACGGUUUGUGGUGCUGCUGACCCAUGGUGUGAUAUGUGCUGGAGCCACUGGAAACCCCUCCCUGACUCUGAUGAAUUUCCUGCUGCUGGAGACCCCUACUCUGCACACUCUGCUGGCUUUGGCUGCUCAGUUCCUGGGGGCACACCUGGCCCUGAUUGUAGCUGGCUACUACUGGGCAAUGGAGCUCAAUGACAUGCACAUAAUUAAGAACCUGAUAUUAAGGGAGUGCAGCACAGCCCUGCGUGUCUCCCUGGUGCAGGGGGUCUAUUCUGAGUGUGUGUGCGCAUUCAUCUUUUAUCUGAUAUACCUCAGCCUGAGAUGUCGCUCUGCGCUGAUUCGGGUGCCUUUCUUUGCAGCUGUGCUCACCCUUCUCUCCCAUGCAGCCAGUGGUUAUACCUCAGCUUUCCUGAACCCUUCCCUGGCUUAUGGUCUUACCUUCUACUGUCCUGGGUUUACCUUUAUGGAGUACUCAGUGGUCUACUGCCUUGGGCCCAUUAUUGGAAUGACCCUGGCCCUUCUCCUGUACAUGGGUCACAUCCCCAGGAUUUUUGCAAAGAAUCUGCUGUAUUCCCAGAAGACCCACGUACAGGUGCCAAAGGGGGACGGAGAUAAAAAGAAAAAGUGAAAGAAAGACAUCAUCCACCUCAGCUGAGGCAAUAUAGGACAUAUGAGUGUAUUAGGAAACACUACUCAAUUUUGUUCCUAUUGGGAGAAUAUAUUUCAUUAUGCACUGAGCAUUAUAUUCAACAGCCAAUUCUCUCCUUAAGUUACUGACAAAAAAGGUGUGGGCUGUAGAACAUCUGUACAUUUAUGAUAGAACAAGUAAGUUACAACUCAUGUAUCGCCUGUGUUCUUACAGAAGUAAUAAAUCAAUUAAAAAUAAAUGUUUAUGAAAAAAAACAUUUAACAUUGGUUGUCGUUCCUGAACUUCCUGUACAUUGUGAGCAAGUUGAGGUAGACUUAACAUCAAAUGUAUUUUUAACCAACCUCAACCUCUCCCAUUACAAUGACAA